GACAAGGUAGCAGAACAGCAAACAAAAGUGCCUUGAAAAGAGCUCACCAAAGAGAAGAGAAAGCGCUGGGAUCGCCGAGGAGGGAGAACUGCGAGGAACACCGGGCGCUUUCCAGCAAGGUAAGCAGCUUUUCUGCACCCCUCCGGGCUUUAUUCUAAAGGCCAGAGCUGUUUCACGACCACUUCUGCUUGGUGGAGGAGUAAGGAACAGGAAAAAAGAAAGAAUUGCAUAAAAGAAAAGCGAUGAUCCCUCCAGACCUUCACCCCCAGUGCUGCCUUUGGGACGGGGCAAGCAGCUCACCGAGGAGCACGGCCAUAAGGACAUAUGCUUUGCAUUGGGCUCUCCGCACAGAACAGCUUUGAUUUCAUGCACCCAGCAAUUAACAGCAUUCUGCUUUGACCCGGUUUGUUUCGUUCCUUGCUGCCAUGGGGAUCUGCCCAAAGCUUGGCUGUGGACACGAUGGGUUCAAGCAGCGACAAAAGCUGCGCUGGAAGUUCUGAGCCGUGGGUCCUGCUGGAGUCUAAUUGAUAAAGCUGCUAAGGGCCGAACGCUGUUUGCUCUGCGAGCACAGAUUGUUUUCUCCUCUCGUUCAUUUGAGAUGCAGAUCAAACUGUGAUAAAAUCGAGUUGUAAUGGAGCAGAGCUGCGGGUUUACUUGCCAGUGUUUUUCUUAGGCGUGUCUAUUAGGAGCAUAAAUAUUUAACAGAAAGGAGAAGCGAUAUGAAUUAGCAUCUGUGGGAGGCUCGCAUUUGUUCAAGGCUGUCCUAGCACAGGUGUAAGCAAAUCUUACAGCAGCAGAGGCAAACUGGCCCCACAAGAGUAGCACAUAGCAGGUGAAUCACCCAGGUGCUCUUUACACACCGCAGCUAAGUGGGUAAAUUAGAGCCUGCGAAGUGGAAACCAAUCAGAGGGCGUCAGCUUUCAUUUCGGUGGGGUUUUACCAUCCCUUGAUGUGCUGGAAGGAAGCACAAGGAUGGGCAUCAGACCAGGAAAACCGAGGUUGUGUCUUCUGCCCUCCUGCCUGCACCAGGCUGCCCUUCUCCCCGACCUCCCUUGUCUCGUGAUGUGAUCUCCUAGGCAGGACAUUGUGGCAGCAGUUGUCAAGGUGUCCCGGCUGGGAACAAAGGUUUCGUGCCUUGGCCUCAAAUAGCAUCACCCUGGUCUCCUUGCACCCCCUGUAUCUUGGGGCUCUUGGGAUUCUUGAGAAAUAGAUCCCUGAUCUUGAAUGGGCAAGGGACUUCCAACCCAAGUCAUUCUGGUUCUAUGAUUCUGUGACUCCCUGGCGUCACUUGGUCUUCCUCGUGGAGCUGCACAUGUCUUUCUGCACUUUAAGCUUGAAGGUUGUCACCUUUCCUGCUGUGGAGCUCCAGGGAGGUGUGGGACAUGUGCUACAUGAAGGAGAUGCACCGUGAGCCCGGUGACUCCGGGCUGGGUCUGCCCCAGAGCCUGGCCCCCCCAGCACUGCCCAUGCUGAGGUUGCUCAUCCUCAUCCCUCUAAAAGCUCUAAAAGCCCAGUGCUACGACAGGGCCUUUGUGCUACCUACCCAGCACCUGGAGGAGGAAUGUGACACCAUUAACCUUCACUGAGGGCUCCACUUGUCACAAGGAACAGGCUCUUUGCAACCUCCCGAAACUUGCUCCGUGGCUGGCACAAGUCCAUGGGCUGGGCUGUUUCUGUCUGCUGUAAAAGCCGCUCUACUGAAUACCACAUGCCCACCUACGCAAGGAAGGGCUUUCAUGUGGACAUCCUACGCUCAAAAUAUCUCUGCUCUGUCUCUUUCUUUAUUCCAACAUAUUCUUGAGCUGACCCCUACUUGUCAGGGGAAAUGGGCCUACUUGUGAUUUAUCCUGGAUGAUUGCUCAUUUCCAUUGACUGUUUUGAGUGCAAAAGGAAAUCAGAAAGGCUAAACGUUGUCUCUACGCCUUUGGCAUCCUCCACUCUGAAAAGUCCUCUCAGACGCAACGCUGAUUUUCAGCACAGGGUGCUGUGCAUCUUGCCUUGAUUUCCAAGGGCCUUUGCUUGAAACAGGAGUCCUGCCAUUGUUAUCUGCUUUGAUCUGAGCCUAUCGAUGCUUAUCUGAGGCUAGAACUUGUCAUUCCUUUGCAUCCACGUCAAAGACCUGAGGCACAGGGGACAUGAAAUUGCACGGUUGAGUCCACGAUUGAAUCCAUUUCCUGUGGAAUGGGCUAUUCAGAGCAGCUGACCUCUCCCACCUAAAAACACCCUGUGGCCAUGCCCUGCGGGGAAAGAAUAGGUUUCUGGAUAGCCCUUGAUUUAAAACUGCUCUUGUUAAAACAGCUGGGAUGGGCAGCACUGGAUGUCAGGUUCUUUUUUGGGUGAUGCUGUUACGCAGAUACCCACCUUCCCUUUGGGAGGCUGCUGGAGCCUGAAUUACUGCGCUUUGCUGCCUGAAGUUGCUGCCUGGCUCUGAGCAAAUUUCACCCUUCAGAUGCCUGAUUUCCUCCUCGGUGCUCAGACAAAACUCCUAUUGGCAGCUCUGGUUGCAAAAGCAGGCCCCGGAUGAAUGACUCUUUUAAAGCUCUUCGCGGUAUUUGCAGGGAUGUUUUAUUCAUUCGGCUCUACGCAGUUGACGUGCUGCUCUCUCAAAGCUGCCCUUCAUUUCAGGCAAGAUGGGAUCGCACUGUCCUCUUGCACUUCUGUGCCAUGGUCCUGUGGGUGGUCUGUAUCUCCCUUCUCAUGCCAGACGUGUGCCAAGUGCACAGAAGCACCCAGUCCUAAUUAAGGAAGGUUGGGUGGGGUUGGUUGGCACCUCCCUGUUUGGACACAAGUUAGGUGUCUUUCAGCAGAGCUGUGUCAUCUCCUUGAAACUGCAUGGUCACCUACAGUAUGUCACACUCACACCCAGGUCAUCCCAUUUGCAAUGCAAAAUGUAAACCUUUUUUAAUGGGAAGUCCUGGGUUUCCUAUCCUGAGUUGGGUGUGAUGCUUGUGGGUCUACACUGGAGUGAGACUGGGAUGCCCCAACCCUGGAGAUGCUCAAGACCGGGCUGGAUCGGGCCCUGGGCAGCCUGAGCUGCUGGGGGGCAACUUGCCCACAGCAGGGGUUGGAAUGUGAUAACCUUUAAGUUCCCUUCCACCUGAACCAUUCUAUCAUUCUAUGAUCCCUUCCUUUCAAUAGUUGACAUUGAUCUUGCUGCUUUCCACUGGGAAGCCAAUGCUCUGGGAACAGGUCCAGACCAGCCCCCCACUCCCUCACCAUCCAACAAAACUCUUAAUAGCAAGGGCUUAAUCAAUUGCACUACUUAAACACUGCACCAGGAAAACCUGCUCUCUAUCCUGUGCAUAUACAUGUGUGCAGAAAUAGGCAUUCAUGGUCUUACAGUAAAAAAGACUGUAACUCUAAGAUGUGAUUUUUAAAAAGGACAGGGUAGGUGGGUGCUGGUGUGUGUGUUUAACUGCAGCUUUUCUGUGGUGUUUGGCUUAGUCCGUAGAAUCAUUAAAUCAGUCACUGAAUCUUUGAAUGGCUUGGGUUCGAAGAGAACUCAUAGAUGAUCCAGUUCCAGCUGCCCUGCUGUGGGCAGGGUUGCCAACUGCCAGAUCAAGCACCGGCUCAGGCUGCCAAGGGCCCCAUCCAGCCUGGCCUUGAGCACCUCCAGGGAUGGGGCAGCCACAGCUCUCUGGGCAGCAGUGCCAGCGCCUCACCGACGGUUCAUGACAACAUACCUGGAACGGGGUCACCUGGAGCAAGUUGUUGCUCUUGGAGAAUGGGGUUGGGCUCCUGUAGGCUGCAAGAGGUGAGGAACAAUGUGGGAAGCUGGGCUCUGCACCUGGACUUUCCCUAUUGGCAGAGAUUUGCCAGUUCUGCCGAUGACCCAGUGUUAGGAUGAGGGGAAUCACCCAGAGAGCUCUCCUCAGACUUCCUGGACGAGAGAUAAUGGACUUAAGUUGUACCAGGGGAGGUUCAGAUUGCAUAUUAGGAAAAAUUCCUACUCCAGAGUAGCGAUGAGGUAUUGGCACAGGUUGCCCAGGGAGGUGGUGGAGUCACUGUUCCUGGAGGAGUUCAAGAGCCAUGGAGAUGUGGCACUGGGAGAUGUGGUUAGUGAGCAUGGUGGGGAUGGGUUGCGAUUGGACUUAAUGAUCUUAGAGGUCUUUUACAACCUUAACGAUUCUAUGAUUCUUCCAGCACCUCAAACAGAUAUCCAAGUCAGGCUGAAUGAAUCCCAUCCUCUGAUCCCCUUUCCUGGCUUUCCUUAAGCUAUGGCCUCUUCUGUUUCAGUGGGAAAAUGUCUCUUCUCAACCAUCUGCCUGCCUUCCAGUUCCUGCAUGUUUCUGAAGCUCAGGUGCUCCCUGGGGCCCCAGAAUCCCUUGUACAGGUGACCGAACACACCUCCUCCUCCCUGACAUCUCAGCUCUGUUUUACUUACCUGCAGUCAUGAGGUUUAAUAAUGCUCUGUUGAAGCGCUGGUACUGGGGAGGAUCGUAACUUUCUUCCUGGAGGCAGUGAGUAAUUAGAAGUUUCUGAGAAUGCUUCUAACCUGAAACACUUCUCAGGAAACCAGGAAGAGGAAUGAAAAUGGCCUUGACUUUGUUCUCCUCUUGCAUGCAUCUCCUGCCCUUGCUGUGUCAUGAAGCCCUGCCAUUGGAUGCAGGGCUGGUCCUGAGCCAGCAAUCUCUGCCUUUCACCAGGGCAAGAAGGAGCUAAAAGAAAGAUUUGUUUGUAAUGAAUUGGCAGGCUUAGUGCCUGCUUUCCCCAGGGAUGGCUCUGCACUGUGACUGACUCAGUAACCUCACAGUGAGGAGGCAGAGGUGGAACGGAUACCCCCGGAGCAAGCGUGAAUCAAGCUGUGUUUUAGUAGUUGAAAAUAAUGCACCUGGCACCACACGUGGGGCAACACUGACACAAGGCACUUGCAUGCAGAGGGCUCCUAAAAGGUUCUUGUGAAGCUGUUUUACCUCACAGCCACAUCCUCAGGGUGGUGGGUUUCAUAGAAUCGUAGGAUGGUUGGGAUGGAAGGGACCUCAAAGCCCACCCAGCUCCAACCCCUGCUGCGGGCUGGUUGCCACCCACCAGAUCAUGUUGCCCAGGGCCCCAUCCAGCCUAGCCUUGGGCACCUCCAGGGAUGGGAUGUCCAUAGCUUCUCUCUAUUUAAUUAUUAGUAUGUCAUUACAUCAAUGAGAAGCUUUCAGGCACAAUGCAUCUCUACUCUUCCCAGAGAAAACAGGCGUUAAAAUUUUAGCAGGAGGAUUCUGAAAGCAGCAGUUUGGGAAAAUCUGCUCCUACAAAUCAGUUUCCCGAGGCCAUCUGCUUGAAGAUCAGACUGCUGGAAAGCUACCAGCAGCCAGAUGAACAGGGAGAAGAAAGGAGGUCAUAAAGGGAGGUGUGGAGAGAUAAGCAAGGCCUUCUGGAUGGAGUGAGGUGAUGGGCUGGAAUUGAUGGCAGGUAGAAAAGAGGUAGCUGCAGAGUCUGGAGAUAAACUGUGGUCUGCCGACCGUUCUGAUUCAGAUGUCCUCCAAGGAAUCUGAAGAGGCAGAUGAGGUUCAGGUAGAGGGCUGUGGCAACUAGGAACUCAACUCUUGUGCUCCUUUCUUUUAAGCAAGGAGCAAUGGCGUCUGGAGAAUUAGUGCAAAGCCCACCUGUGUGUAGCUUCCAGGGGAUGAAAGGUAAAGGCUCACAGCAUCACUGGUUUUCUGGAAAAGGCAGUGUGUAAGCUACAAAUAAGUCACAGAUGUCAGCAAUGGGCAGAGGGUGAGGGCACAGGUUAUAGGGAGAUAUGUUGAAGGUUUACAUCUUGGUGAUGUAAAGUGAGACAGUGGUUGAAGGUGGGGUAAGUUUCCAGGGUUCAAGAGAUAACCUUUUCCCAUGGUCUACAGCAUUUCCAGUUUGAGAGACUACUAAGGACAUAGAACACCUAAGUUGUUCUCUUCACCCCAGACCCCUCCAUUUUCCCUCUGAACACACUUUAGCAUCUCAGUCUUUGUAAUCCCAGCCCUUGCCCCAUGAGCACAGAAGGGCAGUCUCCUAUGAUGGCAGGUAGUGAUCACAGGAUGAGUUGACUUGGACGAUGGAGCUGACAUAGAAUGAGCCCACUUGGAUGAAUUGGACCUGAUGAUCCCUAGCAGCCAUUAGUGGAGAAUGAUGCAACCAUUCCCACUGAGCUCAGGAUAGGUUCCUCCUCAGCUCCAGAGUCAAUGUCCCUGAGAAGGUGAGCAAAAAGUUUCUUGUAAUCACAGCUCACCCAUGUCCCGUGCGCCAUCUCUGAUUUUGAUCGAUGGAUUAAAAGAGUGAAAGAGCCCUUCAACCCCUUCCAUAAUCCAUGUGGAUGAUUUGGUGGGAAGGAUAAGGGGUCCUUUUUCACCCAUGGAGGAGGCCAUGAAGCCCUGAAGCGUGGGGACUGGUCCAUGUCAUUGCAUUAUAGUCAAACUAACAGGGUGGCACCUGACUGGAGUCUGAUGGUCACAGACCAUGAGCAUCCGAGCCCAAAGAGCACACCCUGGCCAUUCAGCCAUCUUGUUUCAAAGUCAUAAAGUAAAGGAAAGCCUGCCAGCUUCCCUAAUAAGCUGUUCCAAUAUUUAAUUGCCCACCACGAUCAGAAAUAGCAUCUUAUUUCAAGGCUUAUUUCACAUAAUUUUAGCUGCCAGGCAACGGCUCUUUCCAGGAGGGCUGGAGCGCUCUCUGUGGUCAGCAGCAGUGUCUGUGCAGAGCCAUUUCCUUGGCACACUAAGCUCCUGAGCCUGGACAUCAAUGGUACACAGAGGAGGAGGUCAGCUGAGUUGUGCUUUUGCCUCUUUUGCCACCCCCAAAGCACAGAUCCCAUUCCCUGCAUCACCACCACAUUGGCUGAGAUGAAAGGAACUUUUUCUACUCUUGCACCACGAAAAUGAGACAGCUCAUGCAGACUGAGUGCUGGUGCUUCUGGCCAGUCCCUCUCUAGGGACAGCCACUCUUUGAAGCAGUGGUGCCAAGCAACAGCUGAGGAGCCAUGCACAGUACUCAAUGUUGAAUUUCAUUUCCUGGAGCAAAACAAGAGUUAACUGCUGUCCUUUGUGCAAACAAAAAAUCAGAGAAUCAUUAAGGUUCAAAAAGACCCCUACAAUCACCUUGUCCAACUGUCUAUCUACCACCAACGCUGCCCACUACGCUGCCCAUGUCCCUACGUCACACGUCUCCAUAUUUCUUGAACACCUCUAGGGGCACCUCCUUGGGCCCAGAUGCUCAGCUGUAGUGUAAGCAGUUCAACAGCCCUGGUUUACCUCAUUCAGUGCCAGUCCAAGUAUUCCCAAUAAUUAGGGCUUUCAGCCUGGAAAGGCUGGAGCCACAGCUGCUUCCUAUUUUCCCAAAGCUGUACAGAGCAUUAGUCAUUUCACUGGGGUUUUCUAUUGCCGUGACUCCAGCACCGCCAAAACCCAGACAAAGCCAAAUCAGACUUAAUUCUGAAUGUUCCCCAGGAGUUCGAAAUGAUCUCCUGUCCCCUCCUGAGUGCUUGUCCUCCCUCCCCACCCAAACAGCCCAUCCGCCAAGCAAAACGUCCUGCUGCCUCUGCUUCCUCAACACAUACCAGGUUAGCUGAAGUGAAGCUGUGACUGCUGGCAUUUCCACCCCAAUUGUUAUUUAUUAACUAGUCUUGAGAAUGACCUUGACACUUAAUCAGUCAUCUGAUCCUUCUUGAAGGCAAAGCUCUUCCUCACACCGUGCUGGUUGGGGAAGGGUCAGAUUUAGCAAGCAAAGAGCGUUGCUCUGAUUUUGGCAGUAAGUGUACAAGAGACCCAUCUGCCCUCAACUUCCAGCUUCAUUCCUUAGAUCAAGUUAAUUUCAUGGAAUCAUAGAAUGGCUUGGAUUGGAAGGGACAAUAAAGAACAUUUAGUUCCAACCGCCUGCCAUGGGCAGGGCUGUCAGCCACCAGGUCAGGCUGCCCAGGGAGCCAUCCAACCUGGCCUUGGUCUUUUACACUCAGCCAGCAGAAGCUUUUCCUCUUUGCAGUUUAUAACAUCUCAACCAAGCAGUGAUGGCCCAGCAGAGCCUUUGCUGUGCAGUGGCCAACACUCCCUGGUCCUGCCUCCCCACAUGUGCCCAUGGUACAUGCCUUGCUCCUCUUUCCAAGGCUUCAAGAAUCUUGGACAUGGUGCAGAUAGGGUAGGUGGCCCUAGAGGUGGAAAUUCAUAGAAUCAUUUGAUUUGGAAGGGGUCUCUUAAAGGCUAUCUGGUCCAACUUCCCUGCAGCAAACAGAGACACCUGCAGCUCCAUCAGGUGCUCAGAGUUCUGUCCAGCCUGACCUUGGGUGUCUGUAGGGAUGGGCUGGCAGGGAUGGGGCAACAUAAGUAAAAUCACUCAGCUGUGCUACACAUAGGACUACUUUUCAACCCCUGCCUCUGCACAAAAAGAGAAAAUUGCCUUUGAAAAUUGAACAGCUGUGUGCUAUUGAUGUGCACGCAGAAUCCUACAGCUGCUUUAGUGCCUCUUUUCCCCCUUUGCAGAUAAAACUGUGUCUGUGCAGAAGUAAGGGAACAGGUAAAACAGUGUCUGCGUAGAAGGAAGCGGAUUGCCACCAUAACCAGCUAUUUUUGGUAAAUUCCUGCCCCAGAGGCAGCUGACUCACACUCCUUGCACAUUUGCAUUUCACCUACGUCUGGGCAGAACCAGUUUGGGUGAGAUAAGAACUGAGCUGGACAUCAUUGUUCAAACCCCACAGUGAGCCCGAGCCUCCUAAAGUCUCUUUAUUUCUUUUUAAAUUAGAAAAGUUUCUGCCCUUCCUGGUUUCAGCACAGAUGAGAAGUUUCCACUCCAUAAAUACUGGAUUUUGUGUCUGGGCAGGAGUUGAAUUAUGGGAUCAUCUGAUUAAAAGCCACAUUAAAUCUUUAAUGAAAUGAGCUGUCUGAUUAUUGAGGUCAUAUUCCUAUUAUUUCCAACUUGGCCACCAGCUGGAAGAAGCUGAAAUGUCCAAAGAAACGGCCGACCUUAACUUGUGCUUCACACUGCCCCAGUUAAUGGCUCGAGGAGGGGAACAGCUUUCCCCAAAAAGGUGGGAGCAGAGGGGGCUGCAGAUCCUCAUUUCGAGUCCAAAACAUUUGGGUGGGAGCGAGCGAAGCGCUGCUGGCUCCUGGAGGGUUUUGUCCAUGGCAAUUGUCUGAGCACAGAGGAAUUUGAGGAUCCUUUGGGUUCGCAUUUCGGGAGGGGAUGCUGGGAUGCUGGGAGGAGCGGGGCUCCAGCUGUGCUCACAGCUGGACAGCUGCCCGCUUCCUGCGCUGCUCGGAGGCGAUGACGCCCACUGCCUCCCAUAGGGAGCAGUAUCGGUUUUGCAAAGUCUUCACCCCCAGUCCUCUCUCAAAUACAAACCUCUGCACUGGCUCCAUUUGCAAGUAGCUUUGGUAUUCGACUGGAGGGGAAAAUACCAAAAUAAGUGAAACAGUAGCUGAGGGGUGGAGGCUUCACUUGAAUUCUUCUUUGAUAGGGACUUUUCAGAUGCCAUAUUGAAGUGUUUUGGUUAAAGAUCUGACCUGGGGCCAUGCUUCUUUGGAGACAUUCAGGCUCUGGGCUGGUUGAGAUGUGGGUGUCCCCGUUCAUUGCAGAGGAGCUGGACUAGAUGGCCAUUAAGGGUCCCCUCCAACUUAAAGAGUUCCAUGGUUUUGGCAUCAGUUCCUGCCAGCCACAGACUCCACAGUAAGUGAGCAAGGAUCUCAUUCAGGAGGGUGUCCAGUUCCUCCUUAGGGGAUGAAACAUCUUCCUGGACCUGGCUUUCAAUCUAUGUGGGAUUACCAUUCUGGGACAUGAGAUGAAAAAUGUCUUCUUUCUUCUUGCGUGGGAGGGAGCAGAAGGGUUGCUUAAUGCCCUUCUGGUCAAUAGGUGAGGCCAUGUGGAUUCAGUCUUCCACGAUCCUUCAGAUCCAUCCAUGGCAAAGGGGUGAGAAUGGUGAAUCCUGCUGCUCAAGGCUGUGGGUGCUUCACUGCCUCUGCAAGGAGCAAGGAUCUGGCAGCUCUGGGCUGUGGAGCUAUUAAAGCACCAACAUUCCUGCAUAGAAGAGCAACUUUGGUUCUCUUACUUGCAAAAUCUUCAGGAAAAGGCUCAUCAUGACUAAUGAUUUAAUGGUGAUAAGUGCAGCGUAUCUCUCCAUGCUUUCGUGACACAAGUAAUAAAGAUGCCUUUUGGCAUGAGAUCAUCUGUCUUUUCUCUUUUCUCCCUCGAAAUAAGCUUCCUUCAUGGUUUCGUGCUGUGGCUUCUUUUAUUUUUCAUCUUUUUGUGGCGCAGCUUGUGUGCCAAGCUCAUACAAAAAUGUCUCUGUUCCUUCUUGCAAGCAGCUUUCUGCUUACAGGAGCAGAGGUGCGCAGGGUAAGCCAAGCCCUACAACCAGGAAAGCCAUUUCAUCCAGAGUUGGGGAAGAAAAUGCAGUCAAUCAGGUUGUUUUUAACACACUACAGUAGUUCCGUCUGUCAUAAGCAAAUGCAAAUCAGGAAAGCGCACUUGUAAGGCAAAUGAAUGCAAAACACAGAAUCAGUGAGCCAUGCUUUCUCUCAAGGCUGGGCCUUGGUCUGUGAGCAGAAUUGACUCAUACAGGAACAGCUGAUAUGGGCUGUGCCCUUAUACAAUCACAGUCUGUCCUGUGGUUGCUGCAGCUGAGCUGAAUUGAUCGGGAGACACCUGUUAUGCCAGCCUGCUCUGCUAGGACACAACCUGGUGAGCUCAUAAACACUGGUCUGGGGCUCGAUCUGCUUCAGAAGCUCAGAGUUCAGGAUGGCAGAUGGUGACACAAAUCUUCCAACUAUCGAGAGAAGGCUGGGUCUGCAGAUAUGGAGCAUAGAGAACAUGAAGAUGGUUCCUGUACCUGAAAAAGCCUAUGGGACUUUUUUUGAAGGGGACUGCUAUGUAAUUCUGCAUGUAAGUAAGAGCAAAAGAACCUCUCGUGGCACCGCUGUGGAUUUGCAUUACUGGAUUGGGAAGGAUUCAUCCCAAGAUGAGCAAGGUGCCGCGGCCAUGUACGUCACCCAGCUGGACGCUGCGCUCAGGGGAAGCCCCGUGCAGCACCGGGAGGUGCAGGGACAUGAGUCCGAGACCUUCCAAAGCUAUUUCCGCAACGGCAUCAUCUACAAGAAGGGAGGGGUGGCCUCAGGAUUUAAGCACGUGGAGACCAAUAUGUACAACAUCAAGCGUCUUCUUCAUGUCAAGGGGAAGAAGCAUGUGUCAGCCACAGAGGUAGCACUUUCCUGGGACAGUUUCAAUAAGGGAGAUGUCUUUCUGUUGGACCUUGGGAAAGUGCUGAUCCAGUGGAAUGGGCCCAACUGCAGCAUUGCUGAGAAAUCCAGGGGCCUCGCACUGGCUCGUAGCAUCAGGGACAGCGAAAGAGGCGGCCGCGCUCAAAUCGGCAUCAUCGACAACGAGAAGGACUCCCCAGACCUCCUGAAGAUCAUGAAGAUGGUGCUGGGUGAGAGGCGUGGGGAGCUCCGGGAUGCCAUCCCGGACACGAAAGCAGAUGAGCUGCAGAAAGCAAACGUCCGGCUCUACCAUGUCUACGAGAAGGACAACGACCUCGUGGUACAGGAGAUAGCCACUCGGCCCCUGACACAAGACCUGCUCCAGCAUGAGGACUGCUACAUUUUAGACCAAGGUGGCUUUAAGAUUUACGUCUGGAGAGGAAAGGCCUCCAACCAGGAGGAGAAGAAAGCAGCCUUCACUCGAGCUGUGGGUUUUAUCCAAGCCAAAGGCUAUUCUCCUUCCACGAACAUUGAAGUGAUCAAUGACGGUGCAGAGUCAGCUAUGUUCAAACAGCUCUUCCAGAGGUGGAUGGAAAAGGAUGAAACACAGGGGCUGGGCAAAGUCUAUACUAUUGGCAAAACUGCCAAGGUGGAGCAGGUGAAGUUUGACACCACUCAGCUCCAUGCAAGACCAGAGCUGGCUGCUGAGCAGAGGAUGGUGGAUGAUGCCUCUGGGGACAUAGAGGUGUGGAGAAUUGAGGACCUGCAAAUGCAGCCGGUGGAUCCCAAGACAUACGGGCAGUUCUACGGAGGUGAUUGCUACCUGGUCCUGUACACCUACCUCAGAUCUGGCCGGCCUCACUAUGUCCUCUACAUGUGGCAGGGUCGCCAUGCCUCUGUGGAUGAAAUCACUGCCUGUGCCCUCAAUGCCAUCGAGUUGGACAAAAAACAUGGGGAUGAGGCUGUGCAGGUGCGCGUGACAAUGGGGAAGGAGCCAACACACUUCCUGGCAAUCUUCAAGGGCAAGCUGAUCAUUUACGAGGGUGGCACAAGCCGGGCCCAGAAAAGCACCCCCGAGCCAGCAAUACGCCUCUUCCAGGUGAGAGGCACAAAUGAGAUGAACACCAAGGCCACGGAGGUGCCAGCCCGGGCCUCCUCUCUCAACUCCAAUGAUGUCUUCCUGCUAGCAACCAACCAAGUCUGCUACCUGUGGUGUGGGAAGGGCUGCAGCGGAGAUGAGAGGGAGAUGGCAAAGAUGGUGGCUGACAUUGUCUCCAGGAGGGACAAGCACACCAUUUUGGAGGGACAGGAGCCAGCAGAGUUCUGGGAAGCCCUGGGAGGCAAAGCCCCUUAUGCCAGUGAAAAGAGGUUUCAAGAGCAGAUCACACACUACCAACCUCGCCUCUUCGAGUGCUCCAACCAGACGGGUCGGUUCAUCAUGACAGAGGUGGUGGAUUUCUGCCAGGAAGACUUGGAUGAAGAUGAUGUCAUGUUACUAGACACUUGGGAAGAGAUUUUCCUCUGGGUUGGCAAAGCCUCCAACACAUAUGAGAGGAAUGAGGCGGUUGCCUCGGCUAAGGAGUAUCUCAAGACCCAUCCAGCAGGGAGAGACUUGGCAACUCCGAUCAUACUGGUGAAGCAGGGCUGUGAGCCCCUCAACUUCACAGGGUGGUUCAACGCUUGGGACCCCUACAAAUGGAGUGAUGGCAAAUCCUAUGAGGAGAUGAAGAACAGCUUAGGAGAUGUGUCGGCUCUAUCUGAGAUCACGGUGGACCUGAACAACAUCAGCCUGAGCAAAAGAACCCUCAGCAUGACCAAUCUGACUGGUUCAAGCACAUCAAGUGCUUCCCCGGAGUACAAAUCGCACUUCAACCACAAUGACAGCAGCAGCUACGCCAACAGCAGCACCAACGGCAGCCCUUUCACAGUGCCCAGUGAAAAGGGAGUUUACUCCCGAGAGGUGCUGAUGAACAAAACUGUGGAUGAACUUCCAGAAGGAGUGGAUCCCACUAAAAAAGAGUACUAUCUCUCUGAUGCUGAUUUCCACGAGAUCUUUGGGAAGUCCAAACACGAGUUCUACCAGAUGCCCAAAUGGAAGCAGCAGAAUGAGAAGAAGCAGUGUGGACUCUUCUGAGACCGCAGGGGCCACCCGGCAUCCAACAACUUUGGGAACAACCCUUCUCUCUUAGAAGAUGCAGGGAAGAAGCACAGACAUUGGCUCAACGAACCCAACCCAACAUCUCAAUCAGGCCAAGCUCCAGUGCAGUUAUUCCAGCAGCCUCUGUUCAGGGAAUGGCAAAAUGUUUUGCAGGAAUGGCUUUGCAUUAAGUUUUUGCUUCUCUCAGACACUUUAUUGCUGAUAGCCUUGAAGACAAGUGGUCAAAACUGCAUUGUAGCCUCUUCUUUCCUCAUCCUUUUGCAGUUUGCCAAAUCUGCAAGAUUGCGAUCCUCCUCCAUUAAGAAUUAGUUAAGAAUUAGGUAAGACAGUGGCAACUUGCAGCUGUUAUGUGAAUUCUGGAUGGGGAGAGAAGGGGAAAGCCCUGGUGGGAUGGGUGGGGUGCCUUGGAAUCAGGAGAAGGGAAUGGGGUAGCCAGAUGUGUGCUCGGGUAUCCCAUGGAGUGCAACUGGCCAGCUCAGCACCUUCUCACCCUGCAGAAAAGCUACUCACCAAAACCCAAUGAGAAUCAAUUGUAGCUUAACAUGCACGGCCUAACACAGGUAAAACAACUAAGAACCUGGGUUGGGGGGGGAAAAAAUACUCAUACAUAUGUAGAGUGUAUUUAUUAGCUGUUCUAUUUCAAAAAGAAAAUGAGAUUUGGGGCUAGAUGCAGCUGUUGAUUUUGACUGCCCAACAAGACUCUGCAUCUCCAAUCUCACCUGGCCUUGCUGCACAUGACUGGGUGUGGGUAAGCAUGAGUGCACCUGCCCACAGAGCAGAGCCUUGAUGAAGCCAGGAGGGUUUGGAGGAUGACCAGAGGCAGAGUGUGUCCCAGUGGAGGGCUCCAUCCCUGUGAUGUCCAUGGGCUGAGGGUGCUGGUUCCACAUUGAGCUCAAUCAGAUUGGAGAGGGAAAUGUGAGUAAGAGUGAUGAGGGGAUGCAACUGUAUAUGAAAGGAGGAAAAGCGUAUGUUUAAAAAACCAAAAGAUGUGGGUUUAAAGCUUUACUCCAUUUCCAGCCUGAUUGAUGAUUCCCAAUAAACAGCCAACAGCAGCA